AAGGAACAGUAUCCUGAUGAUUGGAUAGGGUUUUCUAGCUUUGCAUCAUUAAGACCUGUCCAUUGUGUACUUGCAGGAUCGAGUGGUACUCACACUAUUUGUGUGAGUGCUAUCCAUCAAAAUAUAAAACUCAUGAUGUCAGGUUCUAAUUUAACAACGCUAACUCAUCAUUCGACAAUUCCUUUGAUGCAAUAUAGUGAUUGUUUUAAACUAGUACUAUGUCCCAAUCCAUCAUCUGAUUGUUACUUCUUGAAAUGUGUAAAGUGCCCAGGAAUCGAUGUUCUCCGAAGUAUGUUAGAAACCUUAUUCGAUGAAAAUGCAGUAGAUGAUAUCACAUAUAAAUAUUGGAUAUCUAAUCCUCGUUGUCGUCUUGACACAUUUAUCAAGAGCUCCUUGGAAUUCGUCAACAUAUUUUGUGAUCAUAUAGUAAAUCUUUUACCAUAUGAUUUUAUUGCUAAACAACAAUCUGCUUUCCUAAAACUCAAAAAAGAAUCGUUACAGGAUAAUGAGUUUUUAGCGAUUUGUGAUUUUGCUGAAAAUUACGCCUUUGUAAUACAGGACGCAGCGCCGGGAUUUCAUUGGAAUAAUAAUCAAGCAACGAUUUUUCCAGUUGUAAUGUAUUACAAACAGAACAGCGAACUGAAGCAUCGAAGUUUAGUCAUAAUUUCUGAUGGCAAUAAUCAUGACGCAAUUGCUGUGCAUGUGUAUCUUAAAAUUAUUAACGAUUUUCUAAAAGAAUCGUUUUCCAAUGCAACUAAAAUUGUUUACUUCUCUGAUGGUGCUCCGCAACAAUUUAAAAACUUCAAGAACUUCGUAAAUAUUUAUUACCACAAAAAGGAUUUCAACUUAGAUGCUGAAUGGCAUUAUUUUGCUACAGCACACGGUAAAGGACCAUGUCAGAUCUCUGACGACUGGACUAUAUUGUCGAUAUCGGAGGUGAAGGCAGACAAAGUGACGGAGGAAUUUUUCGGAAUAGUCUUAUUGGACAUUAUUUCGAAAGUGCUUCAUUAA